AUUAGAUUGUACAGAAUGAGAGCCGGAAGCGGAGCAGUGCGACAAUAAUAAUGCAGUUUUGAAUUGUUCAUUUAUUGGAACUAUUUAAGUGAACUCAUAAAUACUUGAGUAAAUAAAUUCUACGAGAGCAACAAUUAAAAUAAAUACAUCUUACUCUAUGCCUGUCUUCGCUGGCUAAAUACAUGCAUGCAAGCAGUUAUUGCCCAGAGAUAAGACCCAACUCAUCGCUAACAGAAAGUAAGAAUUCAUUUCGUUAAUUUCAUUUUCAUUCGCAAGUGAUAUACAUAGAUAGUAGGAAAAGUGUUGUUGGUGCACGAUUUACAAUAAAAUAAUUUGCUUGCAUGCAGUUACAUUAAAUUAUUGAAGUAAAAAGAGAACAGCACAAACACACUCACACGCGCAUAAAGACUAAUUACCAAACACACCUUUUUGCCCAUAAGGAAAAUAAAAGGAAAACGAAGACGAUAGACAAAGUGGAAUUGUAGAAAAACAAUGAGGAUUAUGAACGCACAAUUUGCAGUUCAAACGGCUUUCUCGCCGUACAAUCAUCGCCAAUAGACUCCAGUUAGAGGUUGAGUCAACAAAUACGCCAAACGAAUUGCAGCAGAGGCAAGAAUAAUAAACCGAGUAAUAAGAACUAAUUGCUAUCGACUAAAGGCCAUAGCACAAGCGACACGCAAACAGCUUACAACAGCAGUAACUACGAGUACAACCAGACACUUGAUUUCAAAAAUAUGUUUACCAAUUUACCAGCAGAAAUGCCACAACAGAAUCGCACUUUGGAGGAACAAUGCGAGCAGCUGGUAGAGGCGUAUGAGAAACAGCAACGGCUCAGUAAAGGCAGCAACUAUUAUUCGACAUACAAUGAAAGUCGUCAGUCUACAGACUUAGCCGCCAACAUAAGCUGCCCGCCAUAUUUCGACUCACUUCUUUGUUGGCCAGCUACACCAGCUGACACAACGGCCAGGCAGCCAUGUUUUUCAGAAUUCAAAGGCAUACAUUACUACACAACAGAAAAUGUAACACGUGAUUGCCUUGCAAACGGCGAAUGGGCGAAUAAUUACACCGAUUAUUCGAAAUGCGAAGCAUCAACCAGUUUGCCACCACAACUGGCAGAUAUUUCAACCACAAUUGAAUUAUCCUCCUACAUAUAUUUCGUUGGAUACUUCCUCAGUUUAACAUCGCUCAUUUUAGCGCUUAUCGUUUUCUAUUUUUUUAAAGACUUGAAAUGCCUGCGCAACACCAUACACGCGAAUUUAUUUCUUACAUACAUACUCGCAGCGCUGUUAUGGAUAUUGACUAUGUGCCUGCAUGUGAUGACCGAGCAUCCUAGUGAGGCCGGCUGCAUCACUUUGGUUAUGAUGUUCCACUAUUUCAAUCUAACAAACUUUUUCUGGAUGUUUGUGGAAGGUCUCUACCUCUACACUCUGGUGGUGCAAACAUUUUCUAGGGAUAAUAUUCGAUUUUGCAUAUAUGCCUCAAUUGGCUGGGGUUGCCCCGCUGUCAUUACAUUUAUUUGGUCUAUUGCAAAAAUCUUCGCCACUUCAUUGGAAACUGAGCAUUUUAAUGGUUUAUUUAUCCAAUGUUCUUGGUUAAGGGAAUCUCACAUUGAUUGGAUAUUCCAAGGACCCACCUGCCUAGUAUUAAUACUCAAUUUAAUAUUUCUCAUACGCAUUAUGUGGGUGCUCAUCACCAAAUUGCGCUCAGCCAACACCCUGGAGACGCGUCAAUAUCGAAAGGCAUCGAAAGCUUUGCUUGUGCUCAUACCGUUAUUCGGUGUCACGUAUCUGAUUGUUCUAUUUUGUCCUGGAGGUGACGGCAUUAUGCAAAAUGUGUUUGAAAAUCUGCGCGUCUUUCUUAUAAGUACACAGGGCUUUUUUGUGUCCUUACUAUUUUGCUUCCUCAAUUCAGAAGUGCGCCAAACCUUACGACAUCGAUUUUUGAGAUGGCGGGAAAAUCGGAACUUGGGAAGCGGCAAUCGCAUACGCAACAGAUAUCGACUGUCCAAAGAUGACUCGCACCGCUCAAGAACUGAAAGCUUACGACUGACGUCAACUAGUCCCGUACCAAAUGGAAGUAAUCAUGCAUAGUCGCCAUGAAGCAAGAAAUAAACAGUCAGACUAUUCCUGCUCUAGAGAUGAUCAGUUUUGAAAAGUCAAGAAGUUCAAUAAAGGUGUUGGAAAGCUUGAUAUUCGAAACUAUCACCCUCAAUGUGAUUACAGUUAAUUGUUAUUGUUUUAAUAAGUUCAUGUAUGUACUAUAUGUAACAUUCGAUACUGAGAUUUUCUUUUUUAAUUCCUAGCUUUAUUUAUUGUUAAGUGUAUUUUGUUAAUAACUCUGUAUUUGUUAAUAUGUUUGUGCAUAUAUGAAUAAGUUGUUGAUGUAAAUACGUCUCGUAUCUCAUAAUAAGUUUAUAUUAAAUUUUCUUCAUUACGCCAACGGCACCAAUA